AUGUCUUCUGACGAACCCACUGUCGCCGUCGAUGGUAUCAUCGAACCACCAUCCGCUGAACCGGUUGAUGAUAAGCCGGCCACCAAGCCCACCAGAGCCAGAAAAACCAAAGAACCUAAAGCAAAGGCUGCUGCCCCUAAAAAACUCCGUCCUCAGAAGACAGGCUCAAGUCAGUACGCGAUUACUAAGUUUCUUGAAGAGAAAUACAAGCAACUUCCAUCGAAUUUUAAGAAACUUUUGUUGUUUCAUUUGAAGAAGCUCGUAACUUCUGGUAAGAUUGUUAAAGUCAAAGGAUCCUUCAAGCUUCCAUCGGCUAAAUCUUCCGCUCCAACUAAACCAGCUGUUGCGGCUCCGGCUAAAAGAAUUGCUCCUAAGGCUAAGGAAACUAAGUCUACCAAGUCGACGGCUAAGUCACCGGCGAAGGCCAAAGCUGCCGCCAAGCCAAAGCCGAAAGCUAAACCAAAGGCUGCUGCUGCCAAGCCAAAAGCUCCCGCCAAACCAAAGGCUGCUCCAGCUAAGGCUAAAACCGCUUCUGUAAAGCCAAAGGCUACUCCGGCUAGGCCCAAGGCCAAGGAGAGACCGGCUAAAGCUUCUAGGACUUCAACGAGAACAUCUCCUGGAAGGAAAGCCGUAGCAUCCAAAGCCACGCCGAAGAAGGCUGCAGUUGCGAAAAAGGCGCCGGCCAAGUCCGUAAAGCCGAAGACCGUUCAGACGCCUGCUAAGACCGUAAGACCGAAGAGCGUUAAGGCUUCGGCGAAGAAAGUAGCGUCAAAGAAAGGGAAAAAGUGA